GUCCAUUCCCCAAGAUAUUGAAACAAGCCAAAGCUAUGUCAUUUGUUUACUCUCUCUCUCUCUCUCUCUCUUCGUGGCAAUAUUUAAGAUUUCGCCGUCAAGCUCUUAAUUUCUUUUAUCACUGUGUACUAUUUUUCUUCAAACUGAAUUGCAGUUUCACUUCCGAAUUCGUCGUGCAUGUUGCAUUGUUGACAGAGAUGAUAAGCUUAAAAUUCAUUUUGAUUGCACAUUUUAACGUAUUUUCUUUUAUACCCUGUUCCUGUAUCGUGUGUUGUCUUAUUUCUGAUCAUUGGAAUUGGAACAAGAAGCUUAGUUUUUUGUGGGUUUUGUCUGGAUGCAUUCAAGUUCCUUUUUAUUUCACUGUUUAGGGUAAUAACUCUGCUCUUUUGUUUAAUUUUGUAGUGGGAGAAUUGGUGGAAAAGCUUUACUUCCCCUCAUUGUAGCAGUCUAUGGAGCCUGAAAGGUUAAAUUCUCCCGACACUUCGGCCAUUUUGUUUGAACUUUUAGGACAUCAACUACAGUUUUCUCAGGAUCCCAAUUCUAAGCACUUGGGGACCACAGUUUGGGAUGCAUCAAUGGUGUUUGCCAAAUUUCUGGAAAAGAAUUGCAGAAAGGGAAGAUUUUCCCCUUCUAAACUGAAAGGAAAACGUGCUAUUGAACUUGGAGCAGGAUGUGGAGUGGCUGGUUUAGGCAUGGCGUUGCUGGGCUGUGAUGUAGUUUCAACAGACCAAACUGAGGUUUUGCCUUUGCUAAUGAGAAAUGUUGAGCGUAAUGCAUCAAGAAUCAUGCAAGCGGAUCCUGGUUCAGAUCCCUUUGGCUCCAUCGAGGUUGCAGAGCUGAACUGGGGUAAUGUUGAUCACAUAAAGGCUGUUGGUCCACCAUUUGACUAUAUCAUCGGCACCGAUGUUGUUUAUGCAGAGCAUCUCUUGGAACCACUUUUGCAGACGAUGCUUGCAUUAUCAGGACCAAAAACCACUAUCCUGUUGGGGUACGAGAUGCGUUCUACAAAUGUCCAUGAACAAAUGCUUCACCUGUGGAAGAGAAACUUCCAAGUGAAAAAUGUUCCAAAGGCAAAGAUGGACAGCAAGUACCAGCAUCCAAGCAUCCAACUUUUCAUCAUGGGCUUGAAGCCUUCAGAAGGAAGUGCAGAAACCAUGAGCAAUGGACUGGAUCAGCAAAUUGAUGAGAUCGGAACCACGGGCACUAUGCAAGAAGAGAAUGACGAUGCUGAUAAAAAUAAUGACCCGGAUGAAUUGGAUGAUUUUGGUGACAACAAAGCCAAGGAAGAUGGUGUGGUAGCCCCAAGUACUCACAAGCUUAGUGAAUGGGAAGCAAGGAGGUUUGGCUCUAUGGCCGCAAGGCUUCUUCAAGAUGUCAGGAUAACUUAGUUAUUUCAGGUUUUGGAUAUUUUUCGCUUAUUGCUGGCUCUGUCAUCUUUCCCAUAUGGGUAUGCUACUACUUUAUGAAUAGGAUUCUACGACUUCGGAGUCUGUCUAUCCAAAAUCUUUGGUAUCUCAGGACUCCCAUUUUGUGUGGAGACACACAAUCUCUCUGUUUAUGUUUUUUUCAACUGCAAGUACUAAGAUCGAGGAACAUUAUUAGAGACC